AUGAAUGUAAUUAAUAAUUACACUAUUCAUAAAGAAAUUGGUAAAGGAGCAACUGGAAAGGUGUAUCAUGUAACUGAUGAGAAAAAUUAUCAAUAUGCUUUAAAAGUUUAGCAUAAUCUAACAGAAUCUGAAAAAAAAAUGAAUGAGUAAAUUAAGGAAAUAAAAUUCUAGAAUGUUAUCAACACUUACGAUUAAUUUCAAUAUUAAAGUAUUAUAUAAUGCUUUUGUAUUAUUAUGGAUUUUUGUAAUUUAGGAGAUCUUUAUGAAUAUUUGAAUAAAUAUCGUUUAAUUUUAAAUAUUUAAUAGAAAUAGAAUAUGUUAUUUUAAGUAAGUGUCUGUUUCUAUUCAAGAUAGCUUUUGGAAUUUGGGAAAUCCAUUAAUUGAAUAUUAUACAUCGAGACAUCAAACCCUAAAAUAUACUCUUAUAGUGCUUUGAUCAGAGAAAUUUAUAAUUAAAAAUUUGUGAUUUAGGAUUAAGUAAAUUACAAGAAAAUUAAAAUCUAAACACUGUUAAUGUAGGAACUCCUUAUUAUAUGGCCCCAGAAUUAAUUGAUUUUACCCAAAAAAAAGGAAUAUAUGACAAAUCUGUUGAUAUAUGGGCAUUUGGAGCACUCAUUUAUGAUUUCUUUUCCAAUUAUUAAUUAUUUUAUGGUCUCUAAAUAUACUAAAUUUUUGACUAAAUAAAAUAAGCCAAAGACUUAGAUAAAAAGCUUAGAGAAAAGAUUAAUGAUCCACUACUUUUAAAUAUUGCAAUAAGUUGCUUGUCUUAUGAACCAUCAAAAAGACCCGAUAUUGAAUAAAUCCUUCUUGAGCUUAAUCAACCUUUGUUUUAAUACCAAUAAAAAAUAUUUAAUGAGUAAAAUUAACGUUGGUUAUAAGUUUAGGAUUAGUCCUAAGAAUAAUAUAAGAAUUAAUAAAAAAUAGAAUAUUAAAAAGCAAAUUAAAAUAAUUCAUAAAUAUAAAAUUUAGAUUUGAGUUAAAGUUCACUCAUUAAUUAAACAUAAAAAGAAAAAUCUAAAAAUCAUAUAAAAAAUUAGGUUAGAUUAAGAAUUUUUUUAUCUGAUUAAGCCCUAAUAGAAUAAUUAUGCAUAAUGAUAGAGGAAGGUAAUCAAAAAGAUGAGAUUUUAAAACACAUGAAUGAAUCUUUAAGAAACAAACUUUAAGCUAAAUUAUAUUAAACUAAUUGA